GGGAUCAGCGCUCUGGCUGAGCGGCCCGAGCCUCUGGGGACUCGGGGGCGCGCAGGGCCGGCAGAGCCAUGGAGCCGUCCUGGCUGGAGACCCGCGGCGCGAGGCCCCUGUACCUGGCCUUCGUGUUCGGCCUCGCCCUGGGGCUGCUGCAGGUCAUCAAGCUCUACCUGCGGAGGCAGCGGCUGCUGCGGGAUCUGCGCCCCUUCCCCGCGCCCCCAGCCCACUGGUUCCACGGGCACCAGAAGCUUCUUCAGGAAGAUAAAAUGGAGAAACUGGAAGAGAUUGUUGAAAAAUACCCUUGUGCCUUUCCUUGCUGGGUUGGACCCUUUCAAGCAUUUUUCUUUAUCUAUGACCCAGACUAUGCACAGACACUUCUGAACAGAACAGACCCCAAGUCCCAGUACCCGUACAAGUUCAUGACUCCAUGUGUAGGAAAAGGACUCCUGAAUCUAGAUGGGCCCAAAUGGUUCCAGCACCGUCGCCUGGUAACUCCUGGAUUACAGUGUGAUAUCCUGAAGACGUAUGUUGAGGUGAUGACCCAUUCUGUGAACACAAUGCUGGCUAAGUGGGAGGAGAUCUGUGGCACUCAGGACACAACUGUGGAGGUGUACGAGCACAUCAGCUUGAUGGCCCUGGACAUCAUCAUGCACUGCGCAUUCAGCCAAGAGACCAACUGCCAGAUAAGUGGCAUCUAUGGUCCUUAUUUGAAAGCAACAUCUGAACUCAGCAAAAUCAUAUUUUAUCGCUUGUACAACUUCUGGCAUCACCAUGACUUAAUUUUUAAAUUCAGCCCUAUGGGCCGCCGCUUCCAGGAGUUGAGCCAAGUGCUACAUCAAUACACAGAAAAAGUAAUCCAGGACAGAAAGAAAUCCCUGAAGUCUGAAAUGAAACAGGAUACCACUCAGAAGAAAUGCCAGGAUCUUCUGGAUAUUAUCCUUGCUGCCCAGGCUGAAAGUGAAGGCAGCUUUUCUGAUGCUGACCUGCAGUCUGAGGUGAGCACGUUCAUGCUGGCUGGGCACGAUGCCUCUGCAGCGAGCCUCUCUUGGCUUCUCUACUGCCUGGCUCUGCACCCUGAGCACCAGGAGCGAUGCCGGGAGGAGAUCAGGAGUACCCUGGUGGAGGGCUCUUCCAUCCACUGGGACCAGCUAAAUGAGAUGUCAUACACAACAAUGUGCAUCAAGGAGGUGUUCCGCUUGAUUCCUCCAGUGCCGUCCAUCUCCAGAGAGCUCAGCAAGCCCCUCACCUUCCCAGAUGGACGCUCGUUGCCUGCAGGAAUGAAUGUGGUUCUCAGUAUCCGGGGUCUUCACCACAACCCUGCUGUCUGGAGUAGCCCACAGGUUUUUGACCCCUUGAGAUUCACUAAGGAGAAUUCUGAUCGAAGACACCCCUAUGCCUUUUUAACAUUCUCAGCUGGACCCAGGAGCUGCAUUGGGCAGCAGUUUGCCAUGGUUGAGCUGAAGGUGGCCAUUGCUUUGAUUCUGCUGCGCUUCAGAGUGUCUCCAGACCUCACCAGGCCUCUCGCCUUCUCCAACCAGAUUGUCCUCACGCCCAAGGAUGGAAUGCAUUUGCACCUGGAGAAGCUUUCUGGGUGUUAAAUCCAG